CAUGCAUGUUAUAUGUAGCUUUCUUAACUUGUAAGAAUUUAGCUAAGUGUAGAUUUUCGAAUGCAUGCUUCAUUCUACUUGCUCGGCAUGCUAGGGCUUGAAUAGUCGUAGAACUUUUAGCAGUUUCCCUCUUUUGUUAUGACUUGUAUGAUUUGUAAAAGUUGUUAAGUAUAAGGCUUCGGCUUAGAGAUCUGUGUGCAUUUGUUGUUGUUUUUUUUUUUUUUUUUUUACAAUUUGCUUACACACUUCACUGCCCCCCUAUGUCUCUUCUGCUGCAGUCUGACGGAGAAGAAGUAGACAGAGGCGACCCAGCUGAGACCUUUCCUGCCCUUGAAUCUACUGCUGAAGAAUCAAUGGCAGGCGGGAGAAGGAGACCUUUGGUUCUUCUUGGCCAGUUCAAGGCGCCAAAACUACUUGCUAAGAGGCCUCGGCUUGAGGAGGUCCAAGAAGAAGAGACCACAAAAGUCACUUCCCCAUCUCAGGAAGUUCCAGUUGAGGUGUUCGAGCUGUAGACUAUUCCUUCACCUCCUCGUCAUGUUGCCAAGCCGUUUUCGGAGCAGGUUCACUGCGAGGUGGACGCGUUGGAUGUCCAUGCUGAGGACAUCGGCCUUGCUGGAACUGAGGGAGAGCCUCAGAUGGCUGAGGUCGGAGAGCCGAAAAGUAAGGAGGCUCCCUCCACUUUAGUUGCAGACUCGUUCCGAACCUUCCAAUCUACAGAGAUGGGUUUUGGUUCGGCGUCCUUAGUACCGGUUCCAGCACAUGCCCAAGCAGUUUUUGAGUCCAAGCAUGAUUCGGCUGUUGCCUACUUCGGUAAUUUGGACAACCUUUCAGCCUUGGACAAGGCCAGGGCUUGGAUGCUGUGUGCUGCUGCAAGGGCUGCUGAGCCUUUGGCUAGGGUGCCGGACCCGUUUCUGGAAAACCAGAGGUUGCUGAUGCAGGUCGUGCAUAAUCAUUUCCUCUCUGUGGAAAUGCGUGACGAGCUGUUAACCAAGGCUGAGAAGGCUGAAGAAGCUGAGGCCCGAGCUUAGCUUGCUGAACUGAAGCAAGCAAAGGCUGAAGAGGAAGCUUCUGGGCUGAGACUCAACAUGCAAGACAUGGGCGCCAAAUUCCUUUCCUUCUGCCAGGGUCUGGAGCAAAUAAUCUUCCCUUGCCUGGAAGAGGGUCACGCCCUGAUUCAAGAGUAUGGGGCCGAAAGCAUUGCUGAAUUCAAGGCCCGUAUUGAGGCGAAGAUGAAGGAGGAAGCUGAGUCUUGGCAGCUUCUGAUUUUUGACCAUGAGAGCCAGCUUGCUCGGGUUCGGGAAGAGGCCCAAAAGAAGCAAGAAGACCUGGAAGCUGCUAACCAGCAACUGAAGAAGGAUCUAGAGGCUCAGAAGUCUGAGCUUGAGGCUACACAGAAGCUUCUCGAAACCCACAUCUACACUGAGGCAGAAUAUGCUGAAGGGUUCGAGAAUGGCUGGAAGUCUGCUCGUCGCCUAGCCUUCCAUGCUGCUCCAGAUAUCAAUUGGGAUCAGGUCGAAGCCUGGUCGAUGGACCCUGACAACCCUUGUAUCAACGAGGCCAGCCAGGCUGAGAUUGACUUCUUGGUUCGUCAGGCCGAAGCUGAUGCCAGGGAGGCUGAGAAGGCUGCCAAGGAAGUGGACACUGUUCGUCCUGCAUCUUCUUCAGCAGAUGCUGGUCCUUCUGGUGCCCAGGAUGAUGCUGAAGCAUAGGAACUCGGGCAGCCGUCUUCUUAGUCUUACGGAUCUACAUGCGCCUAAUUGACGAUCUCCACUUCUGCUUUGCCUUUGUUUUUGCUUCAG